AUGAACGGAACACGGUGGCAUUCUUCACAGUCCUACGUCCAUCGCCCGCAGAGUAUUGUGGUUAGCGUUACAGGCGCAACUGGAACCAUAUUUGCCGUGCGCCUCCUUGAGCGACUACGGGAAUUGAAUAUCGAAACACAUUUAGUCAUGUCUGACUAUGCGGCCCGAGAUCUUGCUGCUCCUAUUUCCAGUGGUCCAUUUCUCCACGACGGCAUGAUAAUUAUCCCAUGCGGCAUGAAAACUCUGGAAGCAGUUCGUGUAGGGUUUUGCGAUGAUCUGAUUUCUCGGGUGGCAGAUUUUUCCCUGAAGGAAGGGAGGAAAUUGAUGAUGGUGGUUCGAGAAACCCCGUUAAGUGAGAUCCAUCUGGAUAAAAUGUUAGCUCUGAGAAGAGUCGGCGCAAUCAUUUUCCCCCCGGUACCUGCAUUCUACACCAAACCGACCACCGGGGUAGAUGACUUGAUUUAUCAAAUUGUUGGACGGUUAUUGGAAAUUCUCAAUAUUCAUACUCAGGGAUUUAAGAGAUGGAGCUGUGAGAAUGUUGACCGAGGCAGUUCGUGGCUCCACACUGUAUUCGAGUCAACUCAAUCUCUCCUGGAUUUAUCGACUCGGAACAGACCCGAGUGGUCUGUGAUCGCAAAAGCGCUGAAGACUCCGCAAUAA